AUGAUGGACGGCUACACGUACUCGCAGAACGCAAACUCCCAUAACUACUACUGCUCGAAGAAGGAUUCCGGUUGCAAGGCGCGCAUCAAGCUGGCCAAGGACGGCAGGAUCAACCAGGCUUUGUGCACCCACUUCCACGAGCGACCCAGAUAUAACAAUCACGCGAGGAACUUGUUCUACUGUUCCAAGAGAUCGGCCAAUUGCAAGUCCAGUGUCAGGCUGGACGAUUCAGGUCGUAUUAUUGGCAUCAGGGAGAAUCACGAGCAUGCGCCGCCGAAAUACAUCGUCGCAUAUGACGGAACCUACUUAAAGAUUUCCUCC